GCAGAAUAUCUGUAAAAGAUGAGUGAAGGAGAUAGUAUGCAGGAGAAUGGCAUCUCUCCCGACACAGGGAGUGAGGAGCCACCAAAGAAGGCUCCAGCCAAGAAACUGACGGUGGAGAAGAUCUACCAGAAGAAGUCACAGUUGGAGCACAUUCUGCUUCGUCCCGACACCUAUAUCGGUUCUGUCGAGCCUGUCACUGAAACCAUGUGGGUGUAUGACGCUGAGCUGGAGGCCAUGUCUCAGAAAGAAAUCACAUAUGUUCCUGGACUCUACAAGAUUUUUGACGAAAUCUUAGUCAACGCAGCUGAUAACAAACAGCGGGACCCAAAGAUGGAUUGUAUCAAAAUCACAAUAGACGCAGAAGCCAACACGGUGUCCGUUUGGAACAACGGAAAGGGAAUCCCUGUGGUCGAGCACAAGGACGAGAAGAUGUUCGUCCCCACCAUGAUCUUCGGGCAUCUGUUGACUUCCUCCAACUACAACGACGAAGAGGAGAAAGUAACAGGCGGCAGGAACGGGUUUGGAGCAAAGCUCUGCAACAUAUUUAGUACCAAGUUCACUGUCGAGACUUCUUCUUCAGAGUACAAACGCUGUUUCAAACAGACUUGGGGAAACAACAUGGCAAAGGCUUCCGAGCCCAAAAUCAAGCCGUGUACUAAAGAUGACGACGACUACACGAAGAUAACUUUCUCGCCUGACCUCACCAAGUUCAAGAUGGAUCGUCUGGAUGACGGCAUCGUCUCUCUCAUGUCCCGGAGAGCCUACGAUGUUGCGGCCUCCACACGUGGCGUCAAAGUUUUCCUUAAUGGGAAGCGUUUGCCUAUCAAGACCUUCAAGGACUACGUGGAACUGUACAUUAAAGGCAAGGAGGAUGAGACAGGAAACCCGUACAAAGUGAUUUACGAAAACGUCAACGACAGGUGGGAGGUUGCUGUGACCAUCUCCGAUCGUGGCUUCCAACAAGUGUCGUUCGUCAACAGCAUUGCUACGACCAAGGGUGGGAGACACGUGGACCAUGUAGCUGACAUGAUCGUUAAACAGCUGAUCGACACCAUCAAGAAGAAGAACAAGGGUGGGUUAACAGUGAAACCCUUCCAAGUGAAGAACCACAUGUGGAUAUUUGUCAACUGUCUCAUCGUCAACCCCACGUUCGACUCCCAGACUAAAGAGACCAUGACACUUCAAGCUAAAAGCUUUGGAUCCAAGUGCAACUUGCCAGAAAAGUUCAUUAACAGUGUCUCAAAGUCGGGGAUCAUCGAGAACGUCUUGUCUUGGGCGAAGUUCAAGGCACAAACACAGCUCCAGAAAACUUGCAGUGGCAAGAAACAAAACAAACUUAAAGGAGUGCCCAAGUUAGAAGACGCAAAUGACGCAGGCACGAAAAACUCACUGGACUGCACUUUGAUAUUGACUGAGGGAGAUUCAGCCAAGAGUUUGGCUGUGAGCGGGCUCGGUGUGGUUGGCCGUGACAAGUACGGUGUGUUCCCACUCCGAGGUAAACUGCUCAACGUGCGCGAGGCCACGCACAAACAGAUUUUGGAGAACGCGGAAAUCAACAACAUUAUCAAGAUUGUUGGGCUUCAGUACAAAAAGAAAUACGAGACAAUGGACGACUUGAGGACCCUACGAUAUGGCAGGCUCAUGAUAAUGACAGAUCAAGAUCAGGACGGAUCACAUAUCAAAGGGCUCAUCAUCAAUUUUAUCCACACCAACUGGCCUUCGCUGCUCAAGCUGCCGUUCCUGGAGGAAUUCAUCACUCCCAUCAUCAAGGCGUCGAAAGGGAAGGAGGAGAUUUCAUUUUAUUCUCUGCCAGAGUUCGAGGAAUGGAAGAAAGAAAAGGACAACUGGCACACGUACAAGAUCAAAUACUACAAAGGUUUGGGUACCUCCACUUCAAAGGAGGCAAAAGAAUAUUUCUCAGACAUGAAGAGGCACAGGAUCUUGUUCAAGCACGGCGGAGAUGAGGAUGAUAAACACAUCCUGAUGGCCUUCAGCAAGAAGCUUGUAGACUCACGAAAGGAAUGGCUCACCAACUGGAUGACAGACUGCAAGCGGAGAGCUGAACUCGGUCUGCCUGAGGACUACUUGUACACGAAGACUACUCGUGUCGUGAGCUACAAGGAUUUCAUCAACAAGGAGUUAGUUCUGUUCAGCAACAUGGACAACGAACGCUCCAUCCCCAGCCUCGUGGAUGGUCUCAAACCUGGUUCCCGGAAGGUCCUUUUCACGUGCUUGAAACGUAACGAUAAGCGGGAGAUCAAGGUGGCGCAGCUGGCAGGUUCAGUGGCCGAACACUCGGCGUAUCACCACGGUGAAAUGUCGCUCAUGUCCACAAUCAUCAAUUUAGCGCAAAACUACGUCGGCAGCAACAACUUGAACCUGCUGCAGCCUAUUGGUCAGUUCGGCACAAGACUACAGGGCGGCAAGGACGCGGCCAGCCCCAGAUAUAUCUUCACAAUGAUGAGCCCCCUGACAAGACUCAUCUUUCAUCCCCACGACGAUCCACUGCUCAAAUAUCUAAAAGAUGACAACCAGAAGAUUGAGCCUGUUUGGUACAUUCCAAUAAUACCGAUGAUCCUGGUGAACGGCGCCUCCGGCAUCGGCACUGGCUGGAUGACAAAAAUACCCAACUACAACCCUCGUGAGAUCAUCCAAGUGCUAAAAAGGAUGAUGGAGGGAGAAGAAAGCGCACAAUUUGAAACCAUGGUACAAGAACUUCCGCGGAGACAUAGAGCAGUUCGGCAUGGACAGUUAUAUGUGCAGUGGGGAGUUGUCUGUGAUGGGGCCAGACAAGCUGGAGAUCACAGAACUGCCUAUCGGUACGUGGACUCAGGCCUACAAGGAGGCCGUCAUGGAGGUGAUGCUGCACGGAGACACCGAUAAGAAACCCGCAGUCAUCUCAGACUACAAGGAGUAUCAUACUGACACGACAGUCAGAUUCGUCGUGACACUGUCUGCAGA